AUAUCUCAUAGCCUUGUAUCAUUCAGCGUUUAACUCUUGUACGGGCAACACGUAAUUGUUUAUUCUUCCAAAUUUUAUAAUUUACACAUAUAUAUAUAUAUAAUUUAAAUAUAUUGUUAAAAAAUGGUAAAAGCAAAAAGAUUUGUGGUCGUUAAACAUUUUGAAGGUGAACCAAAGCCAUCGGAUUUGAAAUUAAUAGAAGAAGAUUUACCAUCGAUUUCCGAUGGCGAAUUUCUUGUGGAAGCAGAAUAUUUAUCUGUUGACCCCUACAUGAGACCAUAUGUAGUACAGUUUCCACUUGGUAUUACUAUGAUAGGUUCUCAAGUCGGUAAAAUAAUUGAAUCAAAGAAUCCAGAUUAUCCAGUUGGUAAAAGAAUAGUUGGAUAUUUUGGAUGGAGAACUCAUACAAUAGUUAAUCCACAAAUACCUCCAAAAUUAGAACUUACUGGUCAAAAGCCAUAUUUAUUACCAAACAUAGGAGAUUUAUCUCCUUCUUUAAGUUUAGGAGUUUUAGGAAUGCCAGGAAAUACAGCAUACUUUGGUCUAAUGAAACUUUGUUCACCAAAACGUGGUGAAACACUUGUUGUAAGUGGAGCUGCUGGUGCGGUUGGAUCUCACGUAGGUCAAAUAGCGAAGAAAGUUCUUGGUCUUAAUGUUAUUGGAAUUGCUGGUUCGGAUGAGAAAUGUAACUGGCUAGUAAAUGAAUUAGGCUUUGAUAGUGCCAUAAAUUACAAAAAGCAAGAUGUAUCUUUGGAAUUAAAGAAAACUGCUCCAAAGGGUAUUGAUGUGUAUUUUGAUAAUGUUGGAGGAGAUAUUUCUAGCACUAUUAUUUACCAAAUGAAUACCUUUGGUCGAAUAGCAGUGUGCGGCAGUAUUUCGUCAUAUAAUACAAAUCACUCCUCUCUACCUAAAUGUGUAUUAUUACAACCAGCUAUGAUUUUCAAUCAACUGAAGAUGGAAGGAUUCUUAGUUACACGUUGGAAUGAUCAAUUGCAAGAAGGGAUAAAACAGAAUUUGCAAUGGAUUAAUGAAGGCAAACUCGAAUAUAAAGAAACAAUUACAAAAGGCUUCGAAAAUAUGUUUAAUGCAUUUUCUGGAAUGUUAAAAGGGCAAAACAUUGGUAAAGCUAUUGUACAAGUAUAAAACAAUAGAAUCAGCUAUUUGCAUAUAAGCACAAAUUAAAUCCAUAUUUGAAAA